ACAAGUUAAAUACUGUAUUUUUACAGAAUGACAGGGUCCAAGAAUAGUGCUGAUGGCAUAGAGACACACAUUAUUCGCAGAUACGAAAUACAGAAGCGGCUUGGCAAAGGAGCCUAUGGAAUUGUAUGGAGAGCUGUUGAUAGAAGGAAAAACCAUGUGGUAGCUCUUAAAAAGAUUUUCGAUGCUUUUCAAAAUGCCACGGAUGCUCAGAGAACCUUCAGAGAAAUUGUCUUCUUACAGGAGUUUGGUAACCACGACAACAUUAUAAAAUUGCUGAAUGUUAUACGAGCCGACAAUGAUAAGGACAUUUAUUUAGUUUUCGAAUACAUGGAUACAGAUUUAUAUGCAGCUAAUAAAGGAGGAAUUUUACAAGACAUCCACAAAAAAUACAUCACUUACCAGAUAUUCAAAGGAAUCAAAUAUCUACACAGUGGAAAUGUUAUACACCGCGAUUUAAAGCCCAGCAACAUCCUUCUGAACGAACACUGCUUUGUAAAGAUUUGCGAUUUCGGACUUGCCAGAUCACUGACCCUAGUUGAAGCAGACGACGCAACAAACCCCCAAAUGACAGAUUAUGUAGCUACUCGGUGGUACAGAGCUCCCGAGAUAUUACUUGGAUCGUUCAAAUAUACUACUGGUAUUGACAUGUGGUCAAUUGGUUGUAUAAUCGGAGAGCUGUUAUCUGGUAAGCCCCUGUUUGCCGGUACCUCCACUCUCAAUCAACUGGACAUCAUCCUGAGCGCCUCGGAGACUCCCUCUGAAGCAGAUGUCCUGGCGAUUAACGCUCCCUACGCUUCUGGAGUUCUAGAGAGAUAUCGAAACUUAAAGAAUACCAUGUCAAGCACAUUAGACAUCUUGGUACCGAACUGCCCUCCCGAUGCCAAACAACUAAUGAGAUCCCUGCUACACUUUAACCCUGACAAGAGAUCUACCGCUGAUCAUGGCUGUAAAAGCAAAUACUGUGCCAGAUUCGCUAACCAAGCUUCUGAAAUAACCCUAAUACACGAUGUGAUGCCCCCGCUCAGUGAUAAUAUUCAGCUCUCCGCUUCUGAGUAUAGAGUCAAAUUGUAUGAGGACAUUGUCAACAGGAAAGAAGCAUUAAAAGCUCGGGCUGCAGCCUCGGCGGCAGUUUUAGAAGACUCGUCGGGGGAUGGAUCAAGCAACCUGUCUUCGGAGAGACAGAGCGAGGGAUCAACGGGACAACUAUCAAACAACCUUCAGGACACCCACAUUCACUCUAAGUCUAACGCACCCCGCAGAUACUCCUUCCAGUACAACUACAAACAUUCUACUGACUCUAAGCACGCUCCAACUGAUCAGGCAGCUUCAGAAGUCGUUCAGCCCCAAUUAGCUGGUCAAAGUCAGGCGAAGAUCGACAACUAUCCAGACUCAAGUGAAUCGCUGAACAGUACAGACCCCGGUAAACACGACAACUCUUACUCCGGAAUCAGUGCACCCUACGCAACCUCACCUCUCAAGGAGACAUUCAGACGCUCUCGGUCGGCAGGAAGUGUUGGAGUUGAAGGAGGAAAGGAUGGUCGACCACACAACAAAACAAGGACAACCUUAGCUAGCAACAACAACCUCCGAUCUCAUAGUGCCGGGAAACCUGCCAACAGAGUUGCUUCCAAAUCUAACCCUGGCACUCCUGAUCUCACUGUCUCCAGCUCCAGAGUGGUCCCCAACAGUAGAGGAUCCCCAGCCCGGGUGAACGGAAGACGUCCCAUUGGUUGUAACAGUACCAUACCCCCUCGUUACGGUACUUCAACACACCAACACGGUACUGUCACUAAAGAUUCGCUCAGUGCUCUUAAAGCUAGACAGUGGACUUAGACUCGUGCUUAUAAUCGCAAGGUAACCAGUUUUCAGAAUACUUAACGGGCUGUUUCGGCAACAAUCGUCUCUAAGACUUCUGUGUGUGGCAAAGAUCAUCGUCUCUCUGGGACUACUGUUAGUAGCAAAAAUAUAAAAAACAAGAUAACCGAUUUAUCAUUAUCAAGGAGUAAUACGUUGCUGGUUGACUCGCCAAUUGUAAAUAUUAUGUUCAUGGGAACAUGUCGAUUUUUUAGAUUUCCCAUUAUGUGUAUAUCAGAAAGAACCCAAAAAAAUUGUGUCGAUGCAAGCUUUUGAAAUCCGAUUAGAUUCAAUUGAACUGUCCGUCGCUAAAGUAAGGACAUUUUUUGACUUUGAAGUAUGAUUAUGGAGAUUUUUUUUAGUCUGAUAAGAAAGUUUUCAGUGAACGGGUUUAACUUGUUAAACCAAAAACUGUUUGUUUCCGCUGGCAUUAUUACCGUAACUUAUUAAACAACAUUUUUGGACUGUAAAGAUGAACUGAUUUGUAGCAUGCUUAAUUACUUGGGGACCAUUUGCAAAUUUCGGAUCUUUGCCAAAUGACGACAACUUCUUCUAAUUUUGUUCGUCCAAGAAGUUCAAAUAAUCGGUAACGAAGAUCUUUAUUGAUAUUUUAAUUGUAAUGGUCCCCCAUUACUUCUGACGAAACAAAUUCCAAAUUUAUACACACGCAUGGCUAUUGUUCAUCACCACAUGAAAAUGAUAUUGUUUUGCACAUUGUAUUGACUGCUUUACUUUUGAUUCUGGUAUUUUCUGUUUUUCGUUUGUAUUCAUAG